AAUACGCGCAAAAAAAGCAUCAAUUUUCGACUGCUGGGCUUAAUCGUAUCUAGUAAUAACUCGGGUUUAUCACUUUUCAAUCAACGUUUAGUGUAUUCUACACUUAGCAGGUCUGCUGUUCCUUCAUCAUACUAGCCGCAGUCCGCGAAUCCCAUCGUCAUUAUCGUCGAUAGCAGCAGUCUUCGGAUGCUCGGCCUGAAAUGGUGAAUGUGCAUAAAGUUUGGUGUGACGUAUUCGGGACAGACCUAUCGAUGUAGCAGGGUUGUUACCUAGUAGAGCAGGCGAAGCCUUGAAAAACCUUGCCAGCUCGCUACUAUGGAAGGAGUAUUGGUUCAGUGGCCGCUGGCAAACACAUCGUGAUGCGCGCCAGCAUCCAAACAUACGGACACUUUCCGACAUGUUCAUAGACAAAACACGAUCUAUAGAAGUUAACUUACGAGAAUCAGACGGAGGAGGCUACACGUGUAAACAAUUUUCAAGCCCUAGUAGAUAAACAGCCUCUCAUAGCGACUGAGUGGACAACUAACUACUGAAGCGUUGCCAGCACUCGACUCGGAACGACGAGGUAAACACCGGAGGAGAUGUUGGCCAAACAAUUCUUGGAGGAACAGAUCUCAUUGACGACACGGCUUAUCGCUUGGGACAGGACGAUAGUUACGCAUCGCGCAACAGUUUCUUUACCAUUAAUAUUCUCCGAGUACUAAGUGUGAUAAAAAAAAAAUAAGUACUUAAGUGUGAUAAAAGUCUGCGCUGUUACGAUCAGUGACACUAAAUGAAAAAACAAACAGGAAGGAUAUCUGCUCGAAAAAAAAGGUUCAGGUGGAAAGUUGUAUCACACUGCUGGGUACUAUGUGCGUGGAUUGUGCUGGCUUCAGCGUUAACCGCAAACCACGAGUCAGGACGUUUAUGAAUAUUCUAAAUGACGCGACAUUAAUCAACGGAAGUUCAUACGGUACCUCACCGGUAAUGACAGCGGGCGCUGCAGGAGUGGGGAUAGAUGAUCCUCAUCACAUCUUUACGUGCUUCAAUUGUUGGCAGGUCAAGGAUAGCCUAUGGAUUGUGUCACAUGCAGUCGAUACGAGCGCUGUUGACGAGUGUCUUUGCUGCGCUCAGUGUCUGUGUGGGAAUCUUAUCGAUCCCUCAUUUGCCAGAGACCGGAGAAUAACUUUGAGGUGUGGAGGUGAUGGCUGUCAGCUGCAAUUGGAUGCCUGGACCAAAGGAUCUAAGUUAGUCACCUCGUUGGUAAAGGAUCACACAGUGAACUGCCCAUUCAGACCCGUAUUUUGUCCAAAAGGCUGUAAGGCAGUACUGCGCAGGCAGGAUCAGUCACUGCACGAAGAGUCUUGCCCGUUGUCGACACGUAGUUUUGAGAGGGAAUCACAAAAGAUGCAGGACGUGGAGAAAAGGCUGGUUAUUCCAGCCUCGCAGAUGCGCUACCGUCAGUUGGCGAAUGUGCCUACAACUGCAGUACGAAAGGAAGCUAGGAGCGUUUUCCAGCAAGGUCACCAUGAAAGUCUACGACAGGAUGCCGUGAUCGUCUGUCAGCGUUCAACAGCAGCUCCGGUGUGUGAUCAAACUCAAAACGAAGAAAAUGGCUCGUCGCCUCCAGCGGGAUCCCGGCCAGGCGUCACUUCCAGGCGAGGAGAGGUCCCUACAGCAUUGCGCAGAUCGUCAGUGGAAAGUCCUGCUUCGAGUUUAGCCGAGACAUCUUUUAAACAACUCACAAACGGUCUUAACAACGGCUCUCCGCCCCGGGCGUACAAUAUGUCUGACGAGACACUAGAACAACUUGAAAAAGCUCGGCUUGCACUGGAACGCGAAUGCAUCAAAGUUCCUGAUGGUGUAUCGUGCUUGCCAGAUGUUAUUGCUCAAAGAAUUAACAAUGAGGAUGCUGAACUUCGCGAUCGUGUCGAGAAGCUCGAGGAGCUCAUAGUCACCACUCGUGCCCAGUUGGAAAAAGCUUUCGCCGAGAACCGCAAUCUUCGAGCCCUGUUGGCAUCAGAGCAUAAGCUUCACGAGCUUCACGUUACAAAACUUCGCGAUGAAGUUGAGAUUCUUCGCUCGAUAGUGUACCGCUCCUUCCGGCAAAAUACUAAUAGUUCUAGCAGUGACGAUAGUAGCCACGGGACAAAAAUGUGUUCGCCGAAGAGCACUCGGCAAGGCUCCAUUGUCAAUAAGUGAAGAAAACAUUGGACUUGAGGCUUUUGAAUAUGUUAAAUCAAUUUCUUGAAGCACAAGUCUACCCGCCAGUGAUUAAAUCGCUGAUCGAAAAAUACUAACUGAUUUUGAUAACUGACAGAACAGAGGUAUCCUGUCGAAUAUCGUUAUAGUAUAUGCUUGUACAUAUAGUGCUAGUGUUAGACAUAAUUCAAUGUAAGAUAUAUAUAUAUAUAUAUAAGAGGAUAUCGUAGGUCGCCUCAUGAUAAUAAAGACACUGUUGUGUUACCAGUUUCAA